AUGAGGGAGAGAAGAUCAGAGCACCAGAGGAGUUACGAUGCAGCCUUCUGUUCCGAGCUGGACCGGAAGUAUAUAUGUCCCGUCUGUCUGUCCGCUCUCCACGAACCAAUGCAGACGUCUUGCGGUCAUCGAUUCUGUAAAUCUUGCAUUCUGGGUGUUAUCAACGAAAGAACCCACGCCAAAUGCCCAGUAGAUAAUGUGGUAUUUAAAUGCAACGAUGAGUUAUUUGAAGACAAAGCGUUUCAGCGAGAGGUUUUAUCUCAGACAGUGAAAUGCGGAAACCACGAUAAAGGUUGUGCAUGGACGGGGGAACUCAGGUCUUAUGAGGAACACGAGAACACAUGUCUUUACAUCUCCGUGCCAUGUGAUAACAGCUGCGGGAUCUCUGUCCCCCGACACAACCUGACAGAACACGCGACAACCUGUGAACGACGCCCUGUCAACUGUCAACACUGUCACUCACUGAUUCCCUUCACUGACCUCACGAAACAUCAGGUUUUGGUCUGUCAGAAUUUGCCAGUGCAGUGUACAUUAUGUGGUCAGACUGGAAUUUGUAGAAAAGAUAUAUCAGCUCACAUCGACAUCACCACGGGAGACUGUCCCCUUACCGUUAUCCCCUGUCAGUAUGCAUCCUUUGGCUGCCAGUUUCAGGACAAGAGGUGUGACAUGACUGAUCACUACAGAGAGGCCGCAAAUAACCACAUCCUUCUACUGGUCAGAAAAGUGUCCGAUCAGGAGCAAAGGAUCACAGCACUAGAAAGGAGUCUCCUCGAAAUACAGCAGGAACAGGAAGCUCUCCAUCACACCACAUCUAAUUAAUGGCAUCCAUGAAUGCCAUCAUGCCACAUCCAAUUAAGGCCAACCAUCAUGCCUCUGAAUUUACAUCAUCCAUCACGCCACAUCCACUUAGUGUCAAACAUCAUGUUACAUCCUCCUUCAGAUGUUCUCCUUCAGGUGAACUUUUCGUCAGAAAACUGAAGGUUCACCAUCACAAGAACUUAUAACAAUACUUAAAAUCCUCUUUCUGAUGAACUUUUUAUGUGAACUUGUAAUAUAUUUAAAAGGGCUUGGACACAGAUUUAAAGAUAAUAUUUUCUAAAAUUUUCAGGAUAAUAUCAUGACUUACAUGCUGCUAUAGCAUUUCACUCCUAAAUAUAAUAUAUGCAUGUUCAGAAACUUUUCAUCUGAUGAUUUUAAAACUAUGAAUUUCGGGACACGUUUGAUUGACACAUAUC